GAGUGCUGUCCGGCGUAGAUCAGGUAGACCAGGCCAGGGGCAGGAUAGAUCUAUCUGACACUAAGUGUCUGUCGUGUCGGUGCAUGCGAAACCCUGACUGGCGCGUUCAGGAUAGUUGCUUGAACGGGAUCGAAUUCAUCAUUCCAGAGUUCUACCUGCGUGAUCAGAAAAACUGUUGUUCCUUUCAGUCUAGUUGUGGGAGUGUUUGAGCGAGCAGAAGAGAUACCCCGCUCGUUGUACAGUCAGUACUUGCCCGAGCCGCAAAGCUAUCCACAAAACCAGCUUGGUCCCCCUGCCCAUUCGUCAUCGCUUGCCUAGCUCGAGGAACAACGGUUGAGUGCAUGAACGCUCAUUCAGGUGGCUGUAGUUUUUCGUCCUUACCACCAAGCUAACAUAAUCAUUGGCGGUUCAAGGUGUAGUGCCAGUGGUGCCUAAGCACGUACAUAGUAUUGUUCCGUUGUCAUUGUGUAUGUAAGUCCUUGUGUUUGGAGAUACCGGAGGCCCAUCAUCGGUGGUGAUUUGAAGAUAAGCAAGCAGUUGGCGCUGUGAAGGUCGACGGGCGGAGCCUGUUCGGUACCUCCACGGUUGGUUGGUGGUGGUGUCGUCUCGAGUGGAGUUCGGAGCUCUUGUUUUACAUGCUCCGAUGGUUAGAACUUAGGGUCUGCGCGUCGGGCCACUGCGCUCAGUUCAAGUAUUACUUUGGUUGCCAACCCGGCGCGGUACAGAAGUUGCGUGGUUGAACUCAAGAAAGCUGAGGAAACGAAAGAACGGCUCAACCCACCCAACAGUGAUCAGAUAAUCGGAGCGGCGUUGCGUGUAAGGCAGCGGCGACCGUUCGAAGGAGGUGGCAUCGGAGCACCGGCUCAGCUCACAUUCGACAGCUAGGACGAUGUGUGGUGGAAGACACGAGGCGGCUGCGGCGGCGGUGGCUCAGGGCACUGAGCGCCACGUAUCUCGUUCCAGUUCGACAAGCAUGGAGCGGAGACGUGAUGAUGUGUGCUUACCGGAGCGCGAGGGAGCGACGAUCGACGUCUUGCGGAACCAUCACCACGGACCCCAGCGGAACGCAAUGAGCUUGGCGAAGCGGAAAGAGCCAUUCAGGAGCACCUCUACAAGUACAAGGUGGCCGCCACACUUGAAGCAGCGAAUAAGCAUAACCCUGAUAACAUUACUGGUACUGUGCAUGGUGAGUCUGCCAUGCCAGGCCUUACCAAGCUUGUCGAACCUGCACAGAAGCAUCGAGUGGACCGGCUCUGAGAACAGGCAGCCUGUGUUUGUAGCCAAACUCGCGCAGCUAGCUGCAGGACAUUCAAACGUCUCCUCCCUGCGUGUCACGCACAACUUCACAUCGGAGCGGUGGAUGACGUGUCCGUUCACAAACUGGACGUGCAGUUCCCAGGUAGCGCCCUCCGCCAAGCUAUCCCUCUGCACCGGCAGCCAUGCCACCACGGAUAUCAUCGCCACAGCAACGGGCACUAGCCUCGCCGACAGCACCGCCGACGACGACGCGUACAAUCUCACGGUUCUCGACACGGCCGGAAAUGGACACGGCGUGGCGGUCUCGACGUCGGCGAGUAACGUCACGUACAGCUCUGAUGGUAAGCAGACGGUACUGGCAUGGGUACUGUUUAACAGCACGACUGACGCUGCAACGUUGCUCACCAAAACCGUCCCACUGUUCGGGAGCUUUUCAAGCGCGCUCUACAGCGUGGAGGUUCGGCGUAAUCGCACCCAGCUGCACGUCACCCUGUCUACGGGCAGCUGGGUGUUCGCGGCCCCGGCGUCACACAUCCUACGCAGCACUCACACCUGGAUUCACGUGGCUGUCGUGUUUGACCCGACUAGCAGCGGUAGUACUGGCGGUGUGCGUGCCUUUGUCAACUCUGCCGAGCUAGUGCGUGUAAGCGGGAUGAGCGCUCCACAGGCAGACAAGAACGGCACCAUGACCCUGGGUGGUGGCGUGGCAGCUGUGUCGUUCGCAAGCGUGCACAUCGUUCCCACCGCUCUGUCACCCAGCGAGGUGGCCUGCGUCUACGGAUGCCUGGAACGCUUUGCCACCAGUGCAAGUCUGUCCAAUGGGCUGCAGAUGGAGAGUAUUGAAGGUGGCCAGCAGUUACUGAUCAGUGGUGUAGCUCCAGAGUCUGCCUAUCAAUCAGCUCUACAGUCUGUGUAUCUGGUUAGCUACGAGUCCUCACCUGACCCACUUCCCAGGCUGGUCAUGUUACAGCUGGCGGAUGUGUGCAGCACAGCUCAGUACCAUGUGCGCGUGUAUCAGCGCUGCGUCAACACCAGCGUCACGUGCCCCGUGGCAACGAGCCGUUGCCUUGAGAGCGACGGUGGUGACGACGCACGACAGCUGUGCUUGACCAGCGCUGAGCUGAGCACACAAACUGCAUUGCCCAGCAUGACCAACGACUCCUGUCCUGUCGGCCAAGCGACGACGACCUCAUCAACGACAUCACACACAGCCACUGCUGCUGCUCCAGCGUCGCCUGUCACAGCGUCUGCUUCUCCGCCGGUGAUAUCAUCAGAUCCAAGUCACAUGAUCACCGGCACUGGUUCCCAUGGCAGCAAUGGCAGCAGCAAUGGCGGAAGCCCAGCAACAGACACAAGUCAAGUGAUGAGCACUGAGCCGACCAGUCCCACUCUAGAUAGUGGCACUAAGACCUCUGAUGACGACGGUAUAAUCGCGGGCGUCUCCGACGGCUUUGCCAUCGGCAUCAUAGUCAUCUCCAUAGCGAUUAUGCUGCUGCUUACCAUCCUGGUGACGUUCAUGGUGCGUCACUACCGUGCACAGAAGAUGAUGGUGGUGGGCGGAGGUGAUGGUAGCAUGGGUAUAGACAACAAUGAGAUGUCACCGGGCAAGAAAACCAACACUGGCAGGAGACGCUACGUGUACCGCAGCUACGCCGAGACGCAGACUGUGCAGCUGCAGUCCACCACAACGCGUAUGAACAGCAUGCAUCGCGGUGGUGGCGGAGGCUCGCAGAGAGACAGCGGUCGUCAGCGUAAGGAGCGAUUCUCUGUUUACGACGACUUUGGCAUGUCGGCCCACGAGCUGGAGAGCGAUCCCAGACCUGAGGUUCGCGAUCUCUCCUCGGCGUUCUUCAAAACCCCGGUGUCGGCCAAUGUCUUCUUCAAGCCAAGUAUUGUUCCGCUCAAGAAGAAUGCGUUCACUAUGGGUGGUCUACCUGGUGAAGCGGACGACAGCACGGCACGUUUCUCUUUCCCCCGGCACAGCUUCCCCUCUGCUGGAGACGGAGAGGACGAACUCAUCCACGGCUUGCCGGAAGAACCAGUAGGCGAAGACACGAUCGUACACACACGCAAUACCUCAGAUCCGUAUGUCGCGCCCAUGAACCACCGGCGUCCAUCCAAGGGAUCCAUGGACUGGAGCUCGCAGGACGAGCUCGAGGCAUCGGAAGACGACCUGAUAGAACCGAGCGGGAAUCUCAGUACUUUGCCAGGUCGGUUGAGAUCCAGUCGUGAUGAACUCAACGUCGGUCUUGACAACAUGCUGGAUGAUAAGGUAUUGCAACUGGCACGCACCGGUACUAAGCGGCAGAAGGAGCGACGCGGUAGUUUCACCGGUCGACGACGUCACGGAGCGUCCACACGACACCACAACCACCGCAGCGGUCAGGAUGUAAGCGAGACGGUCGUCAUCGGCAAUCAUCUUACGUCGAUAAUUUGAGUGUGCGUGCUUGUGUCAGUGUGUGUGUGUUAGUGUCCGUGUGUGUGUAUGUGUACAGUGCACGUGCGUGUGUGUUGACGGAGAACACCCUUCUCAACGGUAGUAUGCGUGAAAGUGUGUAUUUUAGACUUGACCAGCAGUAUUCACUGGUUUGAGGGAAAGAUUACUAGUAGAGCAUGCUCUAGGUUGUCUAUUGGCAUUGUGAGGGUCAGAAGGACUGCUGGCGUCAGAACACGGAGCAACACACGGUGCCUAUGUUGAAGGGUAGGCACACUGGAUGAACCGCCUUGACUCUGCCACAGCCUGUGCGCAAACUGGUUCAGUCGGAAUGGCAUGUGCUGCUCGCGGUCUACUAGCAUCGGUGCAGCUAGUUGAGCUGUUCCACUGACUUCAGUGGAUGUUCCCUGCGUCCGAGAUGAGAUACGUUCCGGGAUGGAUUACUUUCCGAAACGGAACACUUUUCAAGACGGGAUACUUUUCAAGACGGGAUACUUUGCUGCCAACAGUGCUGCCUGGUCACAUGGUGUACAGGCAGCGAGUGCUCAGACUUCUGUAAAACACCGCGACCCCAUAGCAUUGAAAAUAGAGGCUUUAGUUAAUUAGCUCCUCCCGAGAUUGUGACUACUGUUCUCGGACACUUGAAGUAUACUAGUGGUUAGAUGCUAGCCCUAGCCUUAGAGAUACGAAUGCAUGUACAAUGAGCCAUGUAUGCAUUUACAUUGUAGUUGAUACUAGCCAGCUAGUGUGUUUUCUGCACAGCUGGUGCACAAUGGUGAUUAUUUUUAUCUAUUAUUUUCGGUAACAUAUUUUUUAUGUUUCCGAGAGCUUCUAUUUGCCCGAUAAGUUAUACCAGUCCUACAUGA